AUGGACAGCUCAUCAUACUGUGGGUUCGGUAGCAAACUGGAAAACUCGGUACCCAAACAAUUGGCCCUACAAUCGGGUAACUGUACUCAUCAGCAACCAGCUGCCAGUACGGGCGGUCCACUAUCGGCACUACAUCCCCAUCGUAUAGCCAAACUGUUUUGGCAAGUAGUGGGCGGCGGUGUUGGUGGUGGGGGUGGUAGUAGUAGUGGUGGACAGUUAGCUAGCAAAUCAUCAUCUAGUAGUAGUAGUAAUAGUGGAUCAUUAUCAGCAUCUCCAUCAUCAUCAUCAUCAUCAUCAUCCAUAUCAUUGGCUGCCAGUCCUAAAUCUGGUGGUACCGUUACCACCACUACUACUACUAUAACUACUACUGUAGGUAGUGGUAGUUCAUCGACACCUAAACUAUUUUGGAGGAUAUUGACGGCCAAUGGCGGCGCCGGCGGUAGUAAUACCGAUCCGAUGUCCUCGGAUCCCAUGUCCAGUGACAGUGAGACCAUGAGUGAGGAACGGUAUUUUUGGUCGCCAUUUGUAUGA